CUCAGAGAUCCAGUUUUAGUCUCGAGACCAUAAACCAAUCUCCUUCUCACUCAAUCCUUUCAGUCCUUCCCAAAUUAAUGGCGCAACCAACAACAGCAUCCGCCAGCGAAUUACCACCGUUGAAGUUCACGGUGAGAAGGCAAGAAGCAGAGCUUGUGCGUCCGGCCAAACCCACCCCUCGCGUUCACUUACCACUCUCAGACAUCGAUGAUCAAGAAAGCCUCCGUUUUCAGAUACCCACCAUCCAUUUCUACGGAGCCGGAGAUAACAUCAUUGACCGCAGAGAUCCAGUAAGCGUCAUCCGUAAAGCCCUCUCCCAAGCCCUCGUCUCUUACUAUCCAUUAGCCGGUCGCUUAAAAGAAUUCCCCGAACGAAAACUCUUCGUCGAUUGCACCGGCGAACUAGGAGUCUUGUUCAUAGAAGCCGACGCCGACGUCGCCCUCAAGCAUUUCGGUGACGCCCUUCAACCGCCCUUCCCUGGUUUGGAAGACCUUCUUUACGACGUUCCAGACUCCUCCGGCGUGUUAGGAUGCCCAUUGCUGUUAAUUCAAGUCACCCGCCUAACGUGCGGAGGUUUCGUAAUGGCGGUCCGGUUGAACCACACCAUGUGCGACGCACCGGGGCUCGUUCAGUUCCUAACCGCGGUCGGGGAAUUCGCAAGAGGAAAUCAAGCCCCUUCUAUAGACCCUGUAUGGGAAAGACAUGUGCUGAACGCCAGGUCUCCCCUGAGGGUGACGUGCACUCAUCGUGAAUACGACGAGGAAGAUGUCGGAGCCAUCGUGAUUCCUCCGCUCGACGAAAUGGUUCACCGUUCUUUCUUUUUCGGGAAAACAGAGUCGGCCGCACUUAGAAACCUCGUCCCACACGCUCAGCGCGAGGCAUGUACUUCCUUUGACUUAAUGACGGCCUGCCUAUGGCGCUGCCGCACCAUCGCCUUAAAUUUCGAACCAAACGAGGAAGUCCGUGUUCUUUGCAUCGUAAACGCCCGCAGCAAAUUCGAACCCCCUCUCCCAUCCGGUUACUACGGAAACGCUUUCGCGUUCCCUGUUGCCCUGUCGACAGCGGGGAACCUGUGUAAGAACCCGUUGGGCUACGCAUUAAAGCUGGUAGUGAAAGCUAAGGCUGACGUGACAGAGGAGUAUAUGAGGUCAAUGGCAGACUUGAUGGUCUUAAGGAAACGGCCACAUUUCACGGUCGGGCGAACCUAUUUGGUUUCAGAUUUGAGGCGGUCGGGGUUCGGAGAUAUCGACUUUGGUUGGGGUAAGGCUCGGUAUGGUGGUGCAGCCAAGGGCGGGGUUGGAGCCAUACCUGGUGUUGCUAGUUUUUACAUUCCAAGUAAGAAUGAUAAAGGAGAGGAUGGAACUGUGGUUCCACUUUGUCUCCCGGCUGAUGCCAUGAAGGUAUUUGAGGAGGAGCUUCAACGUAUGUUAAACCAUGGUUAUCGUGGUCAUCAAUCCACUCCUCGAAUCCUUUCUGCUCUAUAAGUGAACAUUAAUGGGACAAUCCUCACUAAUAAUAAUUAUUGGGUAGCUUAUACUAGAUCACUCUCUUAUGGUACUCUAGUUAACUUCCACCUCUUGUUGUUUGUUUUUAAGAUCAUGGUUAGCUUCAUAUUCUGUCUACCAGUACUUUGAAUGUUUAAUUAUAGACAUUCAUUUACUAAGAGACGUUGUUUAUGUAUGACCUUUCUCAAUAAUAGGUUGUCUGUUUU